AUGAAACGUCAUCUGGUCGCAAUUUUCCAUCGGAAGGAACGUGCGGCUCAUAUUUUCGUUUUUGCUUUUCUGCCUUGGGCUCGUUUUUGUAAAAAUCUCAAAAAAAAUGGUCACAAGAAAAACGGUUCACAAAUUGGCAAUUUCCCUGAAAAAAAGCAUUUUUUAGAUAAUCUAUUUUCACUUUCGCUUCAUGCACAAUCAGGAGCAUUUGUCAGUGAAGCAAUCAUCUGGUGGAGAUCAUGGGUAGAAAAUUUAUUUGGGCUUUUACAGUUGAAACUAUAA